AGGCUGAAUAAGCUGUUUGUUUGGCCCUCUGCUGUCCUGCCUGGCUCGGUGCUUGGCGCCUGGCAUUCAGGGUUAUUUCCUUUCAUAACGGCCGCUGCUGUCCUUAUACUGUAUUAGCAUUCUUCCCGCGGCGGAGGCAACACUCGAAGUGCGAGGGCGUCUGUGAUUAUGCAGGGACUGGGGAAGACCGAGCGAGGGGAGCAGGGCCGAGACAUGGACCUGACUUCGUUGAGAUCCACCAUGCCAGCCGGCGGCCCUCUGCAGGGAAGUUCAACCUCAAACCUCAACAUGAACCUCUACGCCACCAAGAAGUCUGCAGCAGAGGGCAUGCUGGACAUCGCUCUGUUCCUGGCUAACAUUACACACAUGAAGACCGUGAUUGAACAGGGAGCUGGAUACAGGUACUAUGCUGCUGUCCUCACACUCAUCUCCUUCUCCUUGGCUCUCCAGAUAGUCGCUGGAGUUCUGAUCAUCAUCAUUGCUCGACGUGACAUCAACGAAGAGGCCAACCAGAAGCGUCUGGAUAGCCUAAACAACACCACAACCAUCAUCAUCUUCCUCAUCUUCAUCACCAACAUCUUCAUCUCUGUAUUUGGCAUGGAGUGCACAGGCCUCUUUCCCAGAAUGCAUUUCUGAGGAGAUUCUGCCAUGUUGGGGAACCAUUUCAAACAUGUUUUUUUUCAGAAAAUAUGUAAAUAUUUAGAGACAUGCAGCAUUAUAAUUCUACUUACAGUCACUAAUCAACUACUGUGUUGAGUUAGUUUGAUUGUAGAGUGAAUGGUCGUGCCAAGGGACCAACUGGAUGUUUGUGUGUGUGUCUGUGCGUGUGUUCAUGUCAUCUCUGCGUGUUGCGUGUGCGUGAUCUGUGCGCAUGUUCACAGCUCGCUGUGAGCUGACCCUCCUGCCCUCCUAUCAGCGACUCUUAAACUUCCUCAACAAUCUAAUCACCGGCAUCAUUUUCCUCACCUUCAUCAUCAACAUCAUCAUCGGCGCCUUCGGCACGCAACGCAGCAGCCUCCUGCGA